UCUCUUUAUCUCUCCCGAUCUCAUCUCCCCCAUUCUCUCUCCGACGAAGGUCAACAUUGCAGAGAAAAAGCAAUCUUCACUUAUGGCGCGUCGUUCCUCCGACAAACACAUGCCGGAGUGGCCGAAAAUUGUAGUAAAGAAAUGGCUUAACAUUAAGAAUAAGCUUUCCGAUUACAACGCCGACACCGAUGAUGAUGAUGCUGAUUAUGAUAGCGGCUAUGAUUCCGGAAGAGAAGAAAAUCAAGCAUCCAAGACAGGAUUACGGUUUCAGGAGACUGAAAAUGGAGAUGUUGAUACUGAUCCAACUGAUGCUUUACCAAGAUUAAGGAGACGGAGGAAUUCAGAGACAUUUAGAGCACUGUAUACAAACUCGAAAGAGAUAAAAUUACGUGUUGGCACAUGGAAUGUUGGAGGAAAGCUUCCAUCUGAGGAUCUAGACAUUGAAGAUUGGCUUGAUAUUAAUGAUCCAGCUGACAUAUACGUACUUGGAUUUCAAGAGGUUGUACCAUUAAAUGCUGGCAACAUUUUUGGCGCGGAGGACUACAGGCCGGUUCCGAAAUGGGAAAACAUUAUUCGAGAUUCUCUUGGAAAGAUUCGACUUGAAAAAUCUAAAUAUAAAUUCUUCAGUGACCCUCCUUCUCCAUCUAGAUUUAAACCCACUGAUGAUCUACCAGAAAUAGUGGAUGAGAUCUUGCUUGAAACUGAUAGUGAAGGAGAAGAGAUUCAUCCUUUGGAUGUCAAUUACGACUGUUUUGAUGAAAAGGGGGAUGAAGUACAUGAAAUUGCGUUUAAGAGCUUUGAAACAUCAGUUCCCCCAAAUAUAAACAACGAUAUUGGUGUGCCAGUUGAAAGUGACUUGAGGAGGCAAACCUCUUCUGCAAAGAGACUAGAGAGAUUAAAUUGCAUGAAAGAAAAUGAAGAAAACAUUGACGCAUCCGUUCCUCUGUACAAUAGGAAAUUCAGCAAGAGCCUUAGUGGGACAGAAAGGGUUAAUGAUGUAAGCUGGCCAGAAAGACCAUUGGACUUGUUGAAUCAGCAUGUUCUGCAAAGACCCAACUCUUUCAAAUCUGUUAAAUCUUUUGGCAGAUAUAACUCGUUCAAGAUAUCCACUAGUGCCACCAACAGAACAGAAUUAGAUGCAGCUGUACUGGAAGAACUCGACCUUGAAUCACUCUUGUAUAGAAAAAGAAGGUCUCCAUAUGUAAGGAUAGUGAGCAAACAAAUGGUUGGAGUUUUCCUUACCAUAUGGGUCCGUAGAAGCUUGCGAAGGCAUAUCCAGAACUUGCAAGUCUCCACUGUUGGUGUUGGUGUUAUGGGCUACAUAGGAAACAAGGGAUCUAUAUCUGUGAGCAUGUCUGUACACCAGACUUUGUUCUGCUUCAUAUGUACUCAUUUAACCUCGGGUGAAAGGGAAUUGGAUGCCAUCAAAAGAAAUAGUGAUGUGAAUGAAAUACAUAGGAGAACUGUUUUUCAUUCCUUGGCUACUAGAGGACAUCCCAGAAGUAUCCAUGACCAUGAGAGAAUAAUAUGGUUAGGCGAUCUAAAUUACCGAAUCAAUUUGCCAUAUGAGAAAACCAGGGAACUAAUAUCCAAUCUGGAUUGGUCCAAAUUGGUUCAGAGUGACCAGCUUAGUAGAGAGUUUAAGAAAGGAUGUACAUUUGAUGGAUGGUCUGAAGGCACCUUGAAUUUUCCACCUACAUAUAAAUAUGAAUUGAACUCGCCAAAGUACUUUGGUGAGGACCCGAAAAUUGGAAGGCGUACUCCAGCCUGGUGCGACCGCAUUCUUUCAUAUGGGAAAGGCAUGAAACUAUUAAGUUACGGAAGGACAGAUGUUAGGCUAUCGGAUCAUCGGCCAGUGACUGCUUUAUAUUUGGCGGAUGUUGAAGUAUUGUGUCCAAAGCGACUUCAACGAGUCCUCACAUUUACAGAUGCAGAAAUAGAAGCUCAAGUUGCAGCUUCCCUGAAAAUGGAUUUGUUGGGGAAAUAAACCACUUUGUAUUAUGAGGAUAAUGAAUUAAUGACGAAGAAGAGCAUAUUAUAUUAUGAUAUUGGGAAAUGAGGUAUUGUCCAAUCAUUUGUUGAAUGGUUGGAUUUAUUUGGUUUGUAGUUUGUACAGAAAUGAGUGUGGAUUUUGUGAUAGUUAUAUGUUAAAUAAAGUCCAAAGUAUUAGUAUUAAUCAGACACGAAUUAUGUAUCCAAACAGGUCUUAGGAGAGACAGUUAAUUUAAUUAGUGUCUGUUUAUGUAAUAUAUUAUUAUUAUUAUCACGUGUGUGUAGCAAGCAAUAUUAAUCAAUAAUGUUCUCUCAAUUAGUGUGAUUCACACUUGAGUGGGCAAGAGUUAUUAU